AUGUCAAAUCAAAUCCAAGAACAAACAACACAGUCGGGAAAUCCAAACAAUUUUGAUGCGAUUUCAAUUCGGAUUGCUUCGCCAGAACACAUUAAGGAAUGGUCAAAAAACACAGCCUGCCAUCAGCGAACCAGUGGAUGUGCAACAAGUAACUGUGCAUGCGGCGAAGUGCGGAAACCUGAAACGAUUAACUAUCGUACAUUUCGUCCCGAACGAGAUGGCUUGUUCUGUGAGGCGAUCUUCGGACCGCAAAAAGACUGGGAAUGUGGAUGCGGUAAGUACAAGCGGAUUAAACAUAAAGGGGUAAUAUGUGACCGAUGCGGUGUUGAAGUUACCCAACAGAAGGUACGCCGUGAACGGAUGGGGUAUAUCGAAUUAGCGGCACCGGUAUCACACAUCUGGUUUUUCAAGGGGCUGCCUUCCCGGAUAGGGUUGUUUUUAGACCUCCCAUUCCGUGACAUUGAACGCGUCAUCUAUUUUGAGUCGUUCAUUGUAUUAGAAGUUAAUGACCCAGAUUGUGGUUUAGAGGUAAGACAGCUCUUGACAGAGGAAGAGUACACGGAAUACCAAGAUAAAUUUCCCGAUAGUUUCCGUGCAGGUAUGGGGGCAGAUGCGAUUCGAGAAUUACUGGAGCAGAUUGAUUUAGAUCAGGAAAUCGGAACUCUGCGUGCAGAACUCGAAGCGACCGCAAGUAAACAAAAAUCUCGGAAGUUGUCCAAGCGGUUAAAAUUGGUCAUGGGCUUCAAAAAGUCAGGGAAUCUGCCACAUUGGAUGAUCCUUACGGUAAUUCCGGUAAUUCCGCCUGACCUACGUCCGUUGGUUGCUCUCGAUGGCGGACGGUUUGCCACUAGCGAUUUGAACGAUCUGUAUCGGCGCGUGAUUAAUCGGAACAACCGUCUGAAACGCCUGAUGGAACUCCGUGCACCGGAAGUGAUUAUCCGCAAUGAGAAACGAAUGCUCCAAGAAGCGGUAGAUGCGCUGCUGGACAAUGGUCGUCAUGGUCGCAUGGUGCGUGGUCCGGGCAAUCGUCCCCUCAAAUCCCUCUCCGAUAUGCUCAAGGGGAAGCCGGGACGUUUUCGUCAAAACUUGCUCGGCAAACGUGUGGACUAUUCGGGACGAACCGUCAUCGUGGUUGGGCCCGAACUUCAGUUGCACCAGUGUGGUUUGCCGAAGAAGAUGGCAUUGGAACUGUUUAAGCCUUUCAUCAUUCAUAAGCUGCAGGCGAAAGGUUAUGCUCACACUAUCAAACGGGCGAAAAAUAUGGCAGAGCAGGUCUCGCCAGAAGUGUGGGAGGUGUUGGAAGAGGUAAUUGACGAACAUCCGGUAUUACUUAACCGCGCUCCAACGCUGCAUCGACUCGGAAUUCAAGCGUUCCAACCCGUGCUCGUAGAAGGAAAAGCAAUUCGAGUCAAUCCACUUGUGUGUGAGGCAUUCAAUGCUGACUUUGAUGGGGACCAGAUGGCAGUGCACGUUCCAUUGAGCGUUGAGGCACAGGUUGAAGCAAAGCUACUGAUGAUGGCUACGCGAAACCUUCUCAAGCCAGCGCACGGUGGAGCUAUUGCGGUGCCGAACCGAGAUGUCGCAAUGGGUUGUAGUUUUCUCACAAAGGCGGUUCCUGAAGAGGAAUGGGAGAAAGUGUGCAAAGUGCCAACCCCACGAACCUAUCAAGAUACGGAAGAGAUUAUUCUUGCACACGAUUGUGGUGCCCUUGGGCUGCAUGAUCCGGUAAAACUCUACUUUGGUGGAGCAGAGCAGCCAAUUGAGACAACGGUGGGACGAGUAAUCUUUAACCAAGCUAUCCCUGCCAAGACGCAACAAAUGCUGCCAUUUGUCAACCAAGAAAUGAGUUCCCGGGAUCUUUCAGACUUAGUGUCUCGUGCUUUUGAGGAGUUGGGUAAUCGCCAAACUGUGGCGUUUAUAGAUGACUUGAAGCGGCUUGGCUUUCAUUACGCAACGCUAGGCGGACUCUCUAUUGCUAUGCAGGACAUGAUCAUCCCGCACCAGAAGUCCGAAUUGAUAAGGGAAGCACGGAAGCGGGUAGAACAGAUUGAAGCCGAUUACCAAAGAGGCGACAUGGGCAUGAGUGAAGGCGAACGGUACAACAAAGUGAUUGAUGUCUGGCAUCAACUGGUCGGACAAAUCGAAACCGCCUUGUUUGAUGGACUAGAACGAGGACGUGAUGAUGAGGUCGAAGGAUUUAAUCCCGUUCAUAUCAUGGUGGACUCAGGCGCGAUUUCUCGAAGCAAACGGGAUUCAAUUCGCCAAUUGGCGGGCUUGCGUGGGUUGAUGGCAAAGCCCUCUGGAGAGAUUAUCGAACAGCCAAUUGAAUCUUGCUUCCACGAAGGAUUGUCAGUGCUUGAAUAUUUCAUCUCGACGCACGGCGCGCGCAAGGGACUUGCCGACACCGCUAUUAAGACAGCUAGCAGCGGUUACCUGACGCGGAAAUUGGUUGAUGUUGCACAAGAUGUGAUGAUAACAACUAUCGACUGCGGAACACUCGGAGGUAUCACUAAGACGACAGACGAAGAGGAUCAGGCUCCGCUCUCAGAACGGAUUUUCGGACGCACAGCUGCCGAUGACAUCAUUGACUUGAGCACAGGUGAGGUGCUGGUGUCAAAGGAUGAGUUGAUUACCCAACAAGCAGCAAAGCAAGUCGAGGCCGUUGGUAUCCCUGAAGUCCGUGUACGGUCUGUGUUGACAUGCGAAGCCCGGUACGGUGCUUGUGCAAAAUGUUACGGCACCGAUUUAACGAGCAAUCAUCUAGUAGAUGUUGGUGAGGCGAUUGGUAUCAUCGCAGCGCAAUCAAUCGGGGAGCCGGGAACGCAGUUGACGAUGCGGACGUUCCACACGGGCGGCACCGUCAGUGGUGGUGGGUCCCAAUCGAGGAUUGAAGCCCGGCAUGAUGGGACGGUUCAAUAUUACAAUGUCAGAUUUAUUGAACGCCCUGAAACGGAAAGGGUUGUUCUUUCCAGAAAUGCGCAAAUCCAUAUUAUUGAUGGCAAUGGAUAUACGGUGGAGCGGCAUACCACCGAUGUUGGCGCACGAUUAUACGUCGAAGAUGGGCAAACAGUGACUAAAGGGACGCUGCUGCUUGAGUGGGAUCCAUAUCAAGUACCGAUUCUGACAGAACAUGCUGGACGCGUUGUGUUCAAGAACAUUGAUAAAGGCAAAACAGCACGUGAGGAAAGAACCUCUGGUUCAGCAGAGUGGGUCAUUAUCGAACACAGAGGCGAAGAUCAGCCACAAAUUGAGAUCCAGAACGAUGCCGGAGAAGUCCUGAUUAGCUAUCAGAUGCCAACGGGGGCAUACCUUUCAGUUCCGGUUAAAGAACUGGAAGAAAAUGAAACUGUCUUGGAGCCGGCUAAAGAACAGGUGGAACAAGGAGCGGUCUUGGCACGGCUGCCGCGCGAAAAAGGGCAAAGUCGAGACAUUGUGACAGGGCUGCCACGGGUCACUGAGCUCUUUGAGGCGCGACGACCGAAGGACACCGCUGUCAUCUCCAAGAUUGAAGGGGUGGUUGAGUUGGAAAGUGCUAGCCGUGGUGUACGUAUCCUGCGUGUGGUGGAGGGAGACUUUCAAGAGAGCCAUCGCAUUCCACAGGGCAAACACCUAAUUGUGCAGAACACCGAUAGGGUCGAUGCCGGGGAGCGGUUGACAGAUGGACCAAUCAACCCGCACGAUAUCCUUGAAGUGAAAGGGGAAGAGGCGGUCCAGAAUUACUUGGUCAAUGAAGUCCAAGAUGUGUACAGAACACAGGGCGAGCGCAUCAACGAUAAGCACAUUGAGGUCAUUGUACGACAGAUGCUGGGUAAGGUAAGAAUCGAGAAUUCGGGCGGUACAGAAUUUCUCGAAGAGGAGGAAAUAGAACGUACGGCUUUCAAUCGAGCGAAUCGCCAGGUUGUUGAAAACGGCGGACAGGCUGCAACAGCUGAAUCGAUUUUACAAGGAAUCACGAAGGCAUCCCUGUCCACGGAAAGUUUCAUCUCUGCCGCUUCAUUCCAGCAGACAACCAAUGUACUAACGAGAGCUUCGGUCGUCGGUAAACGAGAUCGGCUCGUUGGUCUGAAGGAAAAUGUCAUCAUGGGACAUCUUAUCCCUGCAGGAACAGGAGUGUCUAAGUUCCGGAAGAUUCGCGCUUUCCCCGCAGGGGAAGCACAACUUGAAUCCGAUGGGGAUUCACAGCAACCUGAGUUUACUGAUUCUCUAUCGUCUCAGGUUGAUGAACCAGCAGCAGAUUAA